AAUACAGCAAGAGGGUUGGAAAGAAGGAAAGGACAGAGCGACUGCGCUCCGUCCUGUCUAUAUUUCCACCCUUCUUAAAGUAUUUUGCGCAGUACUUUACUCGCUCAGUAAUCCGUCGUUCUGUUUUCUGCGGGACAGUGAAAUUCUCAGCGUGUUCACUGGAUAACCUUUUUUUGUCAUGAUGCGGCUGCUACUUCUCCUGGCAUCGCUAGUCACUCUUGUCUGCAUGUCCUCGAUAAGGGAUUCCAACAGAUUUCUUGACAUCAUUCUCGAAGAUAAGAUCCCACCACAGAUAAGGAGCCUCAAGCAUGUUUACCCGUUCGUGAAAGUCCCCGAGUUCAAAUUCAAGAUAAAGAGCACCGGAAUCACGAACAGGGAAGUCAAGGUGAAAGUGAAGAACGGAGUGCUUCGCGGACUGGACACCGGCGUUCGUCGUGUUGGAGAGUGUCAACCGCCCGUUCUCAUCAGUGGCAAUGUCACCAUUUCCUGCCUGCUUGAAUUAAAGGGAAUCAACGCCUCGUUCAUGGUUGAGGUGAAGGGCAACACACUUGUGCGAAAGGAGAAAACCGUUCCUGUCAACGUCACCGUUGUGGACACCGUGGGGCACUUUGAGGCUACAGCCUAUCCAGGCCGUCCGGGGGCGCUGCGCACUUUUCACAUCGAAAAACUGCUCUUCCACACAGUUUCCGACCGGCGCCUCAGUCUGAACUCUGAGCGGCAGCGCAGCUUCAACAGCGAGAUGGAACGAAACCUGCACUCUAUCAUAUACGACCUCUUCUAUACCGACUACAAGCGCGCCCUGGAAAAAGUUAUCGAGUCCAUGCCUUUUCCAAGCGCCUGAGCAGAGAUUAUCAGUUGUUUGAUAUGCCGAAACUGGUACUACUUAUUGGGCCUCAGUUGUUGUUGUUGUGGCCUAGAAAUCUGGCUCACAGUGUGGGUGACGUGUAUAUCGCCCUUCUCCGUAACAUCAUUCUCUUUUCAGUUAUCGAAACCCAAUGGCGAUAUUAGAGCAUUCCUGUUGUUUCGAGCUGGUCAUUUUCUGAACAAGGUUCAUGACGCAUGAAUAUCACUAUAGUGACAUCAGCGCUUAACGUCUCGGCAGAACUUGCUGCUACAUUUUCCCAAAGAACUGCUUCAGGCCUGCAUUAGAUACCUGUGGUAGUUAUCAUACGAGGCACCAUAAAAACAAAUGUUUGCUUGUUUUUCUUUCUCCUACACUAUACAAUAUACAAAAGCGAUUAAGCUACGAAAUGCGCAGGAAAUAACAUUAUUAUAAACCAAACAGAAUUACUGCAAGUAUGUCUGCCUUCUUUUUUCGUUAGAAGUCGUGCUGACCAAUGACAGUUAAAAAUAAGUAGGUCCUCAGUGAAUAUUUGCGGUAAAAUUGUCGGGCGUCACCAUGGCCAUAACGUAUGAUGGCUCGAUGAAGCGCGGCGUCUUCGUUGUCACGUUGCUUUGUUUGCCGGUGCAGCCGUCGCCUACAGUAAUGGCAGCGACUCUGAACACUAUAACGCGCCUGAUGGAGGCGGUAUUGUUGAGCAUUAAAGGCUGUAGACCGCAGUAGCUCGCCAGGAUUCUAUAUAGUCAGGGAGAUUGUAGGCCGUGAACAAGGUGAAGUCUGAUGCUCAGUAUAUUGUGCUGGUGCUAUAAAGCGAUGUUUGCUUAUCUACUUCUUGCGAUCCAAACAUUGCCCUGCGGUUCAUGGCACCAUGCUACGAGCUUUUGAACAUUUUGUAUUCUGUUUUGAUGCGACAGCGUCAAAUGGCUCAUUGAGCGAUAACGCCGGCAGGCAGACGGUGGUCUCUUAUUUUCGUAAUGCUGAGCCGGCUUUGAGUGUAACGUUUGACUUAAGGUGACACUGAAACAUUUUGAUGGAUUGAGACGGCAACAGGUGAACGAAAACUGGAACGUACACCGCUCGUGUAGGGUAAAACAUUCCUUCGUUAAUUGUCGUAACAAGGUCGAGAAAAUAAAACGAUGAUUUCUACCUCAAUAUAGAAUGGCAUUGUUUUUAUAACAUCACUCAGGCUUUCCUUUAAAAUGCCUGGGUAUCUGCGUGAAUUGAAGCGCCUUUACACCUAGCAUACAAUAACAUUAGCUAACAGUUGGCAGGAUAACGCAGCUUCUAUUGGGCUCGCUGUUGCAGAACUAUGCACCGCGUCGCUACGCCAUGGUGCACGAGGUGCCUCGUAUCAAAGCCUCCUAGAUAGCACAUGUCUGGUGCACUUCGAUCCGUGACGUCGUGCUACCGUGCUCGAAAGCCAUAGAAUCUAAUGGGCAAACCGCGGUGAUUUUGAUAUCACGGCAUUCGUCACGCCAGGCUUGGCAAUCAAAAUUUCGGUACAAUUAGCAUGACGUCCUAAAACAGAGUGCACCGGCCUGCUCUCUAGGAGGCGUUGCUCGUAUAUUGUAGCGGGUAAGGAGCGAGGACUGUACGACCAUUAUUUAUUACUUUAAUUAAAGAAGGCAAGGUACCUUCGUUGAAGAAUCACACACUCCAUUUCUUCGUAAUAAAGCUUACUUCGUCGUGCAAA